AUGGCUGAUGCUUUCCCUCAGGAUAGAUCCUUGCGUACAUCCGUACGGUCUACAGUGUUAGGUGAAAACUUUGUAUCAAUCGCGUUCAACGCAGACAAGGCGGCAGAUCCCAAUGCCAAGCUUUACAUCAAUGAUUAUAAUCUGGACUCUGCAACUUACGCCAAGGUCACCACAGGAAUGGUCGCUCAUGUUAAGAAAUGGAUUGCUGCCGGAAUUCCAAUUGACAGAAUUAGUUCACAGUCCCACUUGAACGCCAGACAAAGCAGUGGUACUUCUGGGGCUGCGCUUGCUGCUUCUGGUGCACUUCAAUAG